AUGGAUAUUGAAAAUGAAAAGUACCGGUUUAUAUCACUAGAUUUGUAUGACAAUAAACCCGAAAAAGAAGUGAAGAAAGUAUUAGUCAAGCAGACCCUACUACAUUCACCAAUCAUCACUAAUAUUAUAACUGACUUUAAAGUCCGGAUCAAUAAACCAUUCAAGGGUGUAUCUAGUGAGUCAUUUAAUGACGAAGAGUUUCAGACCCUUAUCCCUCAGGAAGAGGAUUCGCAAUUAGAUGCCUUCGGUGAUAGCGACGAUGAUGAUGAUCAAUUGUUAUUUGGUGUGUCUAAUGACACUACUGUCACAUUACCCGAACAGUCUCAGCAAAUAACACCACAGUUUAAAACAGUCGAAGUAAUUGUCAAACACACAUCUAUUGUAGUUGAUGGGAUAGAGUUUUCUACAAAGUCAGCUAUUAGAUCAUCAUGUGUUGUCAAAUCAAGUACCAAUGAGGACGAGCAUCAUUUAUUCAUUUCAUUAAAAUCUGGGUUCUUGCUCCUUAUCCGAUUGUAUUAUGUGCCCAGAUAUUAUAAAGACAACAGUUAUGAGUUUCAAACCAAUCAUAAUGUAGACAAUGGUGAAGGAAAUUCCAUUUUUAAACCAUUUGUGAUACAGUGGUGGGAUACAGGAAGCGAUCAACCUACACCUGGGUUAGAAUCAUGUGGAUCUUUACUUAAAUCGUCACCCUCGGGACUUUCUACAGUAGCUUUUUCUAGCUCGCGAUCAUUCAGAUUAUACAUGACACAAAGCUCCACUGGUGGCACGGUAUUAAGAAACCACAUUAAUAUUCCAAUGGACGGGUUUCUUAUUGAUGCUUGUUUUAUAGAGCCAAAUGCCACAGUACAAACAGACAUGUUAUUUACUUUGAUAUUCACGGAGACUAGACGGUUGACUAUAAAUUUGUUUUUAUGGUCUAAUGUUGAAGGCGUAUGGCAAGGUUUUUCUCGAGAAGUGCUACCGUUGGAAAACGACACCGAAAUACCGGUGUUUGUUGCACCUCUUACCAACAACUGUUCAUUUUUAUUUGUAUCACCAACAAAACUAACUAUUGUUACUAUUCAUGACAUUAUUUCUGCAAGUUAUGAUUUUAAAACGAUCGAGGCACCUUGGCAAAAGUCAUUCCCAACCACCUAUCAUAUCCCAAAAGAAAACACCUCACCAAUAGAGAUUGCUAAAUUUGAUGAAGUUCUAAUAUCUACAGAUACAGGAGCCAUAUACUCAAUUCAGGUAAUUGAGAAUUCAUUUGGUAAAUGUGAUCCAAUAAUACGUGUUGCAGAUAGUAUUUCCCAUUUUGUUUUAGAAAAAAGAAAAGAAAACUAUAGAAUGAUAUAUGCAAGUACUGGUGGCUCAAGCAAAGAUAUUUUAAUACCAGGGUUGUUUUCAAGUGAAGUUUUAGCUGACAUUAGCAAUAUGUCAAAAAUACCAUAUACUAAUGCCAAACUACUAAAUGAUUUCAAACCUUGGGCUCCUCUAGUGGAUGUCUCAAUAAUUGAUUCAAAACAUAUAAAAGAUUCAAAACUACCAUUAAGAAACGAAAUUUGGGGUGUGGGUGGUAUUGGAAGGAAAAGCAAAUUGAGCCAAUUUCGAUUUGGAUACACCGCUACUAAGAAAAGCAAUACUUAUGAAAAACUUCGUAAAGCCAUUGGCUUAUGGAAAUUACUGGUCAAUGAAUCUAAUUACUUGUUAUGUUCAUUACCAUUUGAGACAAUAUUAUUGGAAGUUCAAGCAAGUUCAAAAGAUGCAUUUGUGGAAAUAUCAGAUGCAUAUUUGAUAACUGACAAUCUGACAAUCUAUGCAACAGUAAUACAGGAUAGUAUUAUCAUUCAAAUCACUAACAAUUCAAUUACUUUAUCAGAUUUGGUUUAUCGCAAAAUAAGUCAAUUUGUUGAAUUUUCAAUUGUCUUCUGCGAAGUGUUGCAAGACUUUUUGAUAUUGAUAGUUGAAGACACCGACAAACAAGUCAAGAUUAAAAUUUAUCGGAUAGUUUUCUCGGAAGUGUCACCAACUCUAGAAGGAGACACGGAUACCGACAUUUUUAAGUAUUUUGAGCUCACCUGUGAACAAGUAUUGGAUUUCCAACCAUCCAUGCUUAAAGCUUGUACAGUUAAAGAUGAAGAAUUAACAAUCGCCAUAGGUGGAUUUGACGGUAACUUGCAUUUUAUAUUAUUUAAAGACGGAGAAUUAACCAUUUUGAAGACACAUGAUUUAAUCCAAUUUUCCAACUAUAGUCAUGAUGAAAUUACUGAACUCAGCUUCAUCAUUCCACACGACAUGAUUGUCACUGAGAGUGAAAUCAUCAUUGGCACACAAGAAGGUUAUUAUCUUAAAUUUGAUAUUGUAAACGGUGUCAAAAAUAAUUUACAAUGCAAACAAUUUCUCAGAAUUGGUUCCACUAGUGUCAGAUUAUGUCCUACUUCGGAUGUAAAACUACUACUUGUUUACAGUGACCAGUUAUGGUUACUCAACAAAUACGAAUCAGAAUAUCCAAAACGAGUAUAUUUCGACGAUAAUUUUGAACGUUCAAUACUACAAUCAGUGGAGAUUAAAAAUACAAAGAAUAACAGCAAAUGGAAGAGUUUAGCAUUGAUAAGAGACAAUGGAUUAGUGUUAGUUGAUGUGUCAUCGUUUUGUCAACCUAGUAUCAGACAAUUAUCCAUGCCAGAUAAUGCCAAAAAACUUAUUUAUAUACCACAUGUUUCUACUUUUUUGGUUUUAUAUCAUUCCAAUUAUGCCAAUAGUCGAAUCAAGUGUGUUGAUAAAAAGUCAAUCAAAGUUGUACCACACAGAGAAACAAAUAUUAAAUAUCGUUUGACAAGUAAUAUGAAUGGAGGUGAUAAUGAAACAUACAUAUUCCAAGAUGAUGAAAUACCUAUUUCAGUGUGUAUUUGGGAAGUGCAAAGAAAUGGAUCUAAAAAAUCAAUGACCACCAAAAAAAUCUUGAUUGGAUGUGAAAAGAGAUCAUUCGAUAAUAGUUGUAAAACAACUGGGGUGGUGAAAGUAUUGGAUUUGAAAAAGAUUCGAAGUAAUAGUGAACACAAUAAUAAUAAUAGUCCUGAUGACAAUUUUUCUGGGGUUUUAAUAACUGAAUUGACUUCAUUUGAUCAUGAUUUGCCUGUUACAAACAUUUUACAAUUCAAUCAAAACAUCAUAUUUACAAGUGAGGGAAACUUAUAUUCUACAAGUUAUAAUGAAUUGGAGAAACGAUUUACUCCAGUAAAAUUAUUUCAAACUUUACCUAGUCGGAUUAUAUCUCUUUAUGUGUCGCCAUCGUCACAAAAGAGAACUUUAUUAGUGUCUACCAGCAAUGAUUCAAUUUAUCAAUUCAUUGAAACUUCACCGGGGGUCAUCACAUACAUGAAUGAAGAUCCUCAACCAAAAAGCUUUAUUAAUCAAAUUAAUUAUCAAUCACAGAUUUUUGCUGGUGAUAAAAUCCGUUCAAAUAUAACUAUCAUCAAUAUGAAUGAUGAUAAAAAUAGUCGACCAUUUCAUUGGGAUAGGAAAAAUUUGCAAAUUUCAGGUAUUGCAAGAGUAUAUUCUGCAAAAUUGAAUAAUAAUUGGAUACAAACAUCGAAUACAAGUAUUAACGACAACAACAACAACGCCAUUAUUAAUGAUUUUGGAGGAUAUUAUGAGGAUAACGACUCUAUUUAUGAUGACGAAGAUGAAGAUAAUUGUGUUGUUGGUGUAAGUGUAAAUGGGGAAAUCGUUGCAUUAAGGUCAAUUUCACAAGAUUCAAAUGAGAUAAAUUCCAUUACUACAAAAUUAGGAAUGUCGUUGGAGAAACAGGUUUCCAAAUUGAAUCGUCCAUUUAUUAAUAAAAUUAGUGGUACCAGUUUGUUAUCACUAAAUAAACCAAAAUUUGAUUACGUUACCAAUAACCGUUUUGAAGAAUUGGUAGACUAUGAUUUGGAAGAGUUAUCCAGUAUACAUAAUUCGGUUCUUAACUUGUAA